AUCCGCCAUAAAACAAAUCAGAAAGAAGAAAACACAGAAGAGGUAAAGCCUUUAUUAGAAGGAUCUGAUGAAGAGUUCAAAAGUUUAUACAGCCAAGAAGAACCUCCAGGAAGGAUCAUUACUCAAGGAACUCGAAGAGACAGAAAGAGAGGGCCAAGAGAAUGCUCUUCUUCCAAUGGGUUCUAUCAUCGAUGUGAUUGAUGCCAGGAUGGAUGACUACAUUCGGGCUAUCAAAUACGCUACCAAGUAUGAUCCUUUAAGUGUUGAGAAAUUACUCCAGAAAGCAGAAAAAUUAAAGAAGCUUAAGAAUGAAGGAAAUCUUGAAGGGGAAGUUGAUAAGCUCACCCUCCUCAAGUACGGAAUAAGCGACCUUACUCCUCAGGAGAUCAGUGAGAAGCUCUUCUGUAAAUCUGAAGGCGAACGAAGGAAGAAGAUCCUCGAGUGGAUCGGAGACAACAAAAAGUCAAUGGAGCUACUCAGAAUCAAGGGUCUAAAUUUUAACCAAAAGGGAACACCUAUUGGAAAGAAAAAUGCUAAAACUGCUGUAGAGGAAUUUAAGCAACUUGAUGAAGAGAGGAAAAUAAUGGUUGAUAUCGCUAAGGAUAAAUGGCAUCCCCUCCCUGUUGUAUCUGAGCAAGAUAUCAUAUUUGAAAAAGACAUCAGAGCCAAAGAAGAACAUAAAGAGAGUUGUGUCAAAAAUGAUGAUGAAACUCUUAUUGUAGUCUCUCUGACUAUUCCACAAGAGUUUAGGAAGAAGAAAGGAGUCACAUUCUUGUUCUCUGUAACACAUAGAGACAAGAAAAUCCAGCAGAUAACCAAGAGAGUCAAGGGCUCUGAGAUGGAAUGCACUUUCAGUAUUGAUUCAGCUAUUGCAAAGCGACCUUCAGCACUCAGAAUUGUGGUGAGAUCUGUACAAAAGAAGUUUUGCUUCAGCAGUAAGAGCUUAUUUGAGGAGAAGUACAGCUUGGCUCAAUUGAAGAACAACCCAAUGAUUAAGAAAGGAUUCAGAAUAUCCAAAGAAAGGUUUGACCUGAGCAUCAAUUUCAAAAAGGAUGAUGAAGAAAUUAGAGAAUCUCUGUAUCAGAACCAAGUUGAUAGCCUAAAAGUUCGAAAAAUUAUAGAUAAACUUGAGCCAUUCAUCAUGGAGGCUGAAGAAAUUAACUAUACUGAGCCUAAAAAGCCAAAAGAAGAAGACUUGAAAGAAUCGGAAACCACCCAAAUUGAAUUGACUACUGAAAAUACCCCAAGAGUAGACAUCCCAAAAGGUAUUGGUCAGGAUGAAAUUAAGGAUCCGGACGUACAAAGAAAUCUUGCUAGUUUGCUCUAUUGCCAAGAGAAGUUGAAACGUUUACAAAAGCUUAGUGAGAAGCUGACAUCAGAUACCUCUCCUGAUGCAAUGCUGCUGAAGACUAAAAUGAUCUUAUUCGAGCAACAAAAGGAAGGGAUAGAGUCUGCUAUUGGAAAUGAGCAGAUCACUUUUGAGCAAUACAUUUCUUAUCUAGAGAAAUCUCUUGCUCAUGAUAAGAUCCUGUAUGAUUACUUCAUAUCAGCUGGGCUAUCCCAGAAGGCACAGACUGUAAAGUUCAGAAUGGAAUGAACUGAAAAGGAGAUGGACCAAGACUACGAUCCUGAUGAAGAUAAUGAAGAAGAAUAAGAACACCUUGUCAGAAAAGAUUCAAAUUUA